CGAACCCCACCGAAACCCAGCAAAAACGCACCCCAGCGCACUAAUCAGCGGCGGCUCAAGGCGAAAACUAGGACAUAUGUGAACCGGCUUCUAUGCCGCGGCCGCAACGCGGCCAAUUAGUCCAACCCAAACGGUCCAACCAGGCAACCACUAGCCAGUAGCCAGCCAAGCCGGUGGAGAGAGGAGCCAGCCACCCCAGCCCACCCCACCUACGCGGCGAUAAAAGCAACCGCGUCCGCAGUUCCGCACCCUCCUUCCCCGUCGCUCCUCCUUCCCCUGCACCCUUUCCCCUUUCCCGUUUCCGAGCUCCUCGCCUCGGCUUCUCAAAUUCUCGUCACCGCCGCCUCCUCUGACCUUGCGAGUAUUUAUACAAACCGAUUCGAAACCCACGGCUGACCACCAGCGCAGAAUAUUAUCGGUUUGGUGUCGUUGCCAACUCGUGGCUUCCGGGUUUCGCCGUUUGGCGCAGCAGGGAUGGGGACGGGAGCGGGCGGGAGGCGGCGCCGGAGGGUCGAGGCGGAUGACGACGACGGCGAUGAGGAGUAUGUGUUGGAGGAGGAAGAGGACGAGGACGACGAGGAUCUCUCCGCCUCGAGCGCCGGCGAGCAGGGCGGGGGCUCAGACGCGGAGUACGAGGUGGAUGAGGAGGACGAGGACGACGAGACGCCGCGGCCAAAGCGGGCUGUGAAGGACGACGACCGCGCGCGGAAGAGGAAGAGGAAUCCGGCCGCCGUACGAUCUCGGCGGCGCAGGUACGACGAGGACGACGACUACUCGGAGGACCUCGAGGAAGAAGAGGAGAUGGGCGGCCACCAGGAAGAUCUCGAGGAGGAAGAGGAGCCACCACGGCUCGACUGCGCGACUGAAUGUGGUGGCCGCAGCCAGAAGGAGAAGUUGGCUCCAGUGGCCGAGCGAUCUAAACGGCGGGAAGAGGACGAUGACAUGGACUUUGAUCCUGAUUUGGACGAGGGAGAAGAGGAAGAGGAGGAGGACAUGGAUUUUGACCCUGAAUUAGAGGGUGAUGAUGAGGAGUUUGAAGGCGAGGAAGAGGAGGAAUCUGGUGACAGUCACUCCAGAAAGAUACCGAGGAUCAAAAAUACAGUUCGACGGAACUCUGCUUCGAAAGGUGGUAAGAAGAAGAAAAGCAGUUCUAAGGUUUCCAAGCGGAAGGUGGGUUCAGCCAAGGCGAAGAAAGCUGCGCCUACAAGGCGACGGAGAAAACGCCCUGUCAUGGAGCAUUACGAGGAUGACGAGGACUUCAUUGUGGAUGAUCAGAUCAAGGUCAAUCGGCACUCAAGGAAGAAGGGCAGGUUUGGAAGGCAGGUGGAGGUGGACUGUCCAGAACCAGUUACUGAGGAAGAUACAUGGCCGGCUAUUGAUUCAGACACAUCAGAAUUUGAGUUUGCAUCCUCGGAUGAGGAACCUGAGGAUGCCGAGCUGGUCAUGGUUGAGCCAGUGAGAGUUAGAGCUAGGAAGGGGAGGAAAAAGAGGGCAUUCGGCUCUAGCUCAUCCUCAGGCUCUGAAUUCCACGUCUCAGAUGAGGAACUGGGAGAUGUCAUGGAAGAACAGGCCAAGAGGAAGAAAAGGACAUUUGUCUCUGGGUCAUCCUCAGACUCUGAAUUCCAUGUCUCAAAGGAAUUGGGGACUUCCAGGGAGACCAAGAGGAAGAAGAAGCCAUUUGUCUCAGGGUCAUCCUCACACUCUGAAGAUAAGGAAUUGGGGAAUGUUAGGGAAGAAGAGGCCAAGAGGAAGAAGAGGAUAUUCAUCUCGCAAUCAACCUCAGACUCUGAGUUCCAUAUCUCAGACAAGGAGUUCGAGGUCUUUGGAGAGGGUAAACCUGUGGAGGCUCAGGCUACACCGCCUGUGUCGCCGAGGAGGAUUUCUUUUACAAGGAAUGGAGAGGACAAAGGAAAAGAGAAAAGGGAACUAGUGGAUGCUGGGAAGCCCAGGUGUGGGAUAUGCCUCUCCGAGGAUCAGAAAAUGACUCUGCAGGGAGUGCUGGAUUGCUGCUCGCACUUCUUUUGUUUCGCGUGUAUCAUGGAGUGGUCUAGGGUUGAGUCAAGGUGUCCAUUGUGUAAGAGGCGGUUCACGACGAUCACCAAGUCAUCGAAAGUGGAUCUUCGUUUGGAACUGAAAAAUUCUGUAAUCAUGGUUGAAGAGCGCGAUCAGGUUUAUCAGCCCACACAAGAAGAAAUAAGGCGCUGGUUAGAUCCGUACGAGAAUCUCGUAUGCAUAGAGUGCAAUCAAGGUGGUGACGAUAGUCUCAUGCUACUAUGUGAUAUUUGUGAUUCCUCAGCACAUACUUACUGUGUUGGCCUGGGAAGAGAAGUACCUGAAGGAAAUUGGUACUGUGGAGGAUGUAGACUUAGUGGAGAGGGAUCAUCACAUGCUAGAAGCCUUGCUAAUAGCAGUUCUGCACAGUUAGGCGCAACUGGACCAAUUGGCACAUUUGAAAGGUCACGUUCAAUCGAUCUUUGGCAAGGAUUUGAUCUGAAUGUAUCACCUAGAGAGAUUCCUAGGCAAAAUCAUCCUGCUCAAUCACGAGCUUCAAUUGUGGGUUUAUCAACUCCAUCUGGAAGGCUUGCAACUCUUUCUAGAAGACGUGGAUGGAUACGCAUUUUGCUAGAUAGACAAAGGCCAGUGGUUAGUCCAAACGUGGGACCUAAUGGUGUACAGCAUAGUGGCUAUGUGCCAAGAGCUGAACCAGGCCACAUGAACUUCUGUGCUUCAGCAGAGUCAAACUCUUGGCAGCACAGUAGUUCUGUACAAAGAACGGAACCAAACCACAGGAACUUAGAUGCUCAUUCAGGCGCCAACACUUCACUUACUCGGCUUGAUGAAAUGCAGAACCAGAACAGUUAUUUUCCUUCAGUUCAGGCUCAGAUAAAUUCUACUCCAUGCAUAUCUGUGGAUGGAAACAAUUUCCAGCGAACUGAAUGUGUGAAGAGCAACGUCAAGGACAUGUGUGGUAUAAGUCCCCAUUAGAAUGCCAUUCUACUCCCCGAACAUUUCAAGGGAACCAAACGUGUUAUUAUAUUCUGUUACGAAAUCCGGCGGAUGCACGAUCAAGAAUGACACCGAGACACGAUAUUUGACACAUAUCUCAACAUAUUCUGUCAGUGGCUCGUGGGAUCGAGCAUAACAAGGGCUUGCUUGUUGCCGGACGUUUAAUAUUUCACUGAACAUAGCUUGUCAUUGUGCUUCAGCUCAUUCUUUCGUGAUGUGGUAAAUGACAGAAACAGACAUGUCCUCCUUAACCUUUUGGUUUAGCUUAGGCAUUUUUUUAUUUUGUUAUUUUCAUUCAUUCAGUCCUGAAGACGACCUCAAACUACGACCAAAGAUGUAUCUGAACUUUUGGACCGCUUUGUAUAUGUAUGCAUUAUGCUAUCGGUAAAGCCAGUUCCAUCAAAAUGAUCAUUUUCUGAUGGCA